AUGUUGACUCUUCUCUCCCCCAUAUUUUGGCCGUCGUGCGCACGCUCUCGACAGGCACGUCCGUUCUCGGCUCCUGCAACAGGAUAUCCGACAACUGUGCCUCUUCCGCUUCGUAGUGCCUCGACGACAACGUCGGAGUGCUCGCCUCUGGCGAUCGACCAAUACUCUGUCGACACCUGUUCAAGGCGGCGAAGUCCGACUCGCCCUGAUCCGACACAGUGGAUUAUCCUCCUCCGCAAACCUACCUUCUUCGAUUGGAGUUUCUCAUCUGCCGCCGCAUCUAUUUCCAACCUAAUUCGUGCCAACGUCUUUCCCGGCGACGGAAUUGGGCCUCACAUCGUCGAAUCCGUCAAACAGCAUCUUGCCCCUGAAUCUCAACGAGUUGUUCAGUUCCUUGAAGAUAGACGGGAUUUCGGCCUCCCGGGCAUUUUUCACCUUCUCGAGGCUCCGUGGGGAGAGUAG